UUGCUGUAGUAGACAAAGAACAAGUUAGCUCCUUACCAUAAACCUCAUGCUUACAGGAUGCUUCUGGAGGACAGAUCAAUCUUUCUUUAGUCCCUUACAGAGAGUAACCCCCCCCCCUACAAAAUGUCUCUUGAGAUGAACUAGCACAGCGCCAUCCUUCAGCUGGCUGGAUUUCACACACUACAAUGAAGAUACUGUUUUUCACUGGACUGCUCUCUCUUACUUCCAAUCUUUGCACUACAGCUUCAGAAUUUUCACUGAAUGGCUCUGCAAUUAAAACCGUGUCUCUUAUAAAAACUUUUCGUGGACUUUCAGCGAGAGACUAUGAUUACAUCCCUCCUUAUGCUAUAGAAGGGGAAACAACAACCAUCCAUAUCAGAGAAAACAAAUGCACUUCAACAAAGCCAAAUGAUUCCACGUUAACAGAAGUGAGCAACACCACGCUGGAGUACCUCACCAGCUCCCUGAGCACCAAGCUAAUACCUGCUGUCUACCUCAGUGCUCUUUUACUGGGUGUACCCUCUAAUGCCAUCAUUCUGUGGAUGCUUCUCUUCAGGAUCCGCUCUGUGUGCACUGCCGUCCUCUACACAAACCUGGCUGUUUCAGACCUGCUCUUCUGCAUCAUACUGCCCUUCAAAAUAGCCUACCACAUCAACGGGAACAACUGGAUAUUUGGGGAGACCAUGUGUCGAGCGACCACGGCAGUGUUUUACGGCAACAUGUACUGCUCCAUCCUGCUGCUGACGUGCAUCAGCGUCAGCCGCUACCUGGCCAUCGUUCACCCCUUCACCUACAAGAGCCUCCCGAAGCGCGCCUACGCCAUCGCCGCCUGCGCUGCCGUGUGGGCCAUCGUCUUCCUCUACAUGCUCCCACUUGCCAUCAUGCAGCAAAGCUACUACGUGAAGCAACUGGACAUUUACACCUGCCACGAUGUGCACAGUGCCUGUGAAACUGUGUCUUCCUUCCAGUUCUACUACUACGUGUCCUUAGCUGUAUUUGGGUUUUUAAUACCGCUCGCAACUAUCGUGUUCUGCUAUGUCUCGAUUAUACGAACACUCAAGACUCACGAGUGGUUCUGGUAUGUUAAAGUCAGUCUGUUGAUUCUUACCAUCUUUGCUAUUUGCUUUGUGCCAAGCAAUAUUAUCCUUAUUAUCCAUCACAUCAACUAUUACUAUUACAAGACAGAUAGGUUGUAUUCUUUUUACCUAAUUGCUUUAUGCCUUAGCAGCCUAAACAGUUGUCUUGAUCCUUUCCUUUACUUUCUAAUGUCAAAAAUUAGAAGUCAAUCCAAUAUUUAUCUGACAAUGGUUAAAAUAUCCAGGGAAAAAUGAAUUUAUUUCUAUUACUGGAAUUAUGAUUUUGUAUAGUACUAACAGAGACAGAAAGAAAUCUCAGGUGAAACAUUUAUACAUCAAGUAAAAUCGGUUAGAAAACACAUUCUCAGUUAAAUUUACUUCCUCCCACACAAGGAAUAUCUCCAAAAAUACACUUCUCUAGCUCUAUAACUUUAUUAAAUGUAUUGCAACACCUGUUUUAGAUUCAGAGAAGUAGCUCUGCACCUCCAUUUCUUUCUGAGAUCACAUGGAGAAGUUCCCAGAAUAUCAGCUACCACAGCCUCUAAAUACCAGAAGGAGUCAGAAUCCAAAGAGCACUUCUAGGGCAAUACAUGACACUUCAAAUUAGCUCUCAGCCAACAAUCACUGCAGAAGCAGUGUUACAAAAACAAGUUUUGGCCUGGUGAAAAUGGGAACAAGCUCUUUCUACGUGCCUGGGCGCAGUCAAGAGCAAAUACUCCCUGGAUAUGCAGAGGGAAAUACAGAGUCCCCAUAGGUUCACAAAACAGUGAGUCUACAGCCGUGGACACAGAGCCUGACUCUGCCAAGGCUACCUCUCCCACGAGGCUGUUUAACCAGUUCUGCACUGGAGACUUGUUCUUCCACUUUGUCAGCGCCUGCAUUCCCCUAACCCACAGGGAUUGCUGGGAUCUAACCCUUAUCAGUGUAAAUCCAGGCAUAUAUUAAUCUUGCUUGGUAAGCAAAACAGGGAAGCUAUUUUGUAGUAUUCUCUAUUUCCACAUCCUCACAGCAAAUACCUACAGUGUUACAAAUAUGGCAGCUAGUUACUAUUGACUAUUAGUAAAACAAUGGGUCAAUUUUUACCUUUACAGAAAGUCAAAACCUACUUAUAUACUAAUUUCCUAGAAAAUUACCUCAGUGGUUGUCAUUUGAAUUUGUAACUGCAGCAUGUAAGUGAGGCUAAAAAUGUCUUAUGUUGUUUUGAUAAUAGUAUUGUAAAAAAACUUUACUUAAAUAAAAUGAGUUGCACUGGAAAA